AUGGCUAGCCCCUUUCUCCGAACGAGGCAUACCCUCUCCUCUGCCCUCCGACCCCUUGCACGGAAUCCCACCCCGAGAAUCAACCAUGCCGUCCCUCGUCGCCCCGCCUCGACUGCUUCCUCCUCCUCCGGUGGCUCCAGCGCAAAGACAGUAGCUAUCAGCACCGCCCUCGGUACUGCCGCCGUUCUCGGAUACUACUACGGAACCGACACUCGUGCCUCCUUCCACAAAUACCUCGUCCCCCCCGUCAUCCGCGUUCUCUUCCCUGACGCCGAAGAUGCCCACCACGCCGGCACCGCUGCCCUCAAAGCCCUCUACUCGGUCGGUCUCCACCCCCGCGAGCGCGUUCAAGAUGGCGACGCCACCGGUGCCAAACCCUUGGCUGUCAACGUCUUUGGCGUCGAGCUGUCCAACCCAAUCGGCAUCUCCGCUGGUCUCGACAAGGACGCUGAAAUUCCCGACCCUCUGUUUGCUCUCGGCGCCGGUGUUGUCGAGGUAGGCGGCAUCACGCCCCUUCCGCAAGAAGGAAACCCCAAGCCAAGAGUUUUCAGAGUUGUGUCUACCGAUGGGUUGAUCAACAGAUAUGGUCUAAACUCUAAGGGUGCUGACGCCGUGGCUGCGCACCUGAGGGAAAGACUACGGACAUUUGCCCGGAGCAUUGGUUUCACGGAAAAGGAGAUGCUUGACGGGGCGGCGGGAGUUCCGGUGGGCAGCUUGAAGGAUGGGCGCUUGCUGUGCGUGCAGAUUGCCAAGAACAAGAAGACAGAUGAGAAGGAUGUGGAGGCUGUGAAGAAGGAUUAUGUCACUUGUGUCAACAGGCUAGCACCAUACGCCGAUGUGCUGGUUGUCAAUGUCAGCAGUCCCAACACUCCUGGCCUGAGAGAUUUGCAGGCUACCGGCCCAUUGACUGCGCUGCUGAGCGCCGUCGUGGAGGAGGCGCAAAAGACCAAGAGAAAGGUCAAGCCUAGAGUCAUGGUCAAAGUCAGCCCGGACGAGGAUGACGACAGCCAGAUGGAGGGUGUGGUGCAGGCUGUGUGGAUGAGCGGAGUGGACGGUGUUAUUGUGGGCAACACAACCAAGAAGAGGACGGGGCUCGUGCCAAAGGGCGUGAGAUUGACCAGCCAGGAGCAGAAGAACAUCAUGGAGGAUGGUGGCUACUCAGGUCCAGCGCUGUUCAAUCAGACGCUGAACUUGGUUGGAAGAUACAGAAAGAUGCUGGACAGCUAUUCGCUCAAGACCGAGGGCCUCGGGGAUGCGUUCAACAAGAACCAAAAGGUCAUCUUCGCGACGGGUGGUAUCACAAAUGGCGACGAGGCUCUCAAGGUUCUCAAUGCUGGAGCCAGCGUUGCCAUGGUUUACACCGGGAUGGUCUAUGGUGGGUCCGGCACUAUCACGCGGAUAAAGAAUGAGAUGCGGGAGAAGUUGGCUAUCGAGGACAAGAAGCAGUGA